AAAGAGUGGUUCGGAGUGAUUUCGCUAAAACUGCGAUUCAAGAGAAGAGCAUGCCGCUGAAUCGCAAUACGACAAAAGAUUAUUACACCACAUAGUCGUUCGAUCGUUCGGGCAUCGUUGUUGUCAGCGCGAUAUUAAUUAAGUAAUUGCAAAGUGCGAAGAACUAGGAACAGGAAAAUGGGGAAACUCGGCUUACUUGUGUCUCUAAUGAUUUGCUGUUUCCUCGUGAGAACCGAAGGCUAUCGCAUUUUGGGAAUAUUUCCUUUUUGCUCGAAAAGUCAUCAGAUGAUGUUCGAUGCUUUGUCAAAAGGGCUCGCUCGGCGGGGGCAUCAGUUGGAAAUAGUGACUUGUUUUCCGCCGAAAAAACCGAUAGCCAAUUUUACGGUUCUCAUGAACGUCGAAAACAGUCAAACUCCUCUAGUGAACAGUUGGACCGUCGACCUGGCGUUGAACGUUGGUAGCGAUACUCUCAAAGCUAUUAUCGAAGUGUAUGGGAAUGACUUGUGCCAUUUAAUGGGUCGGGAAGAGAUGCAACGAAUCAUCAAAAAUCCACCGAAAGAUCCUCCUUACGAUCUCAUUAUCGUUGAAGCUUUCGGAGCAAACUGUUUCAUCGGGCUGGGUGCACUGUUCAAUGUGCCGGUCAUAUUCGCUAGCACGACCAUCGAAAUGCCAUGGAUCAAUCGAGCCAUAGGUAAUCCAUCGAACCUCGCUUAUUUCCCGUCAUUCUUCGCGGACUUUAGACAUCCGCUAACUUUUUGGGAGCGCGUUAAAAACGUCGUUCACGAUGCCAUAAUAAUGUAUCGUUAUAACGCGAUGGCCGGUGAUGUACAAACUCAGCUGAUGAGAAAGUAUCUCCAUCCGGACAUUCCCCAUAUACGUGAACUCGAAAAAAAAGUUACGUUAGCUUUGAUAAACUCGUUUUACACACUGUCUGGUGUCCGAGGGACGACAACGGGCCUCAUCGAGGUCGGCGGCUUGCACGUUGAGGACAAUGAUACCGAAUUGUCGAAGGAUCUGAAAAAGUGGCUGGAUGAGAGUAAACACGGGGUGGUUUACUUCACCCUUGGCUCCAUGGUGAACAUAGAAACGAUGCCCGAUGACGUUAUAAAAGGUUUGUACAAUUCUUUUGAGAAAAUCGCUCCGAUCAAGGUGCUUAUGAAAAUCGCCAACAAGGAUAAGCUUCUUCCUGGACAACCGAAAAAUUUGAUCACUUCUUCUUGGAUCCCUCAGGUACAAGUACUGGCCCAUAAAAAUACCAAACUGUUCAUUACACAUGGUGGAUUAAUGAGCACUCAAGAGUCCCUUUAUCAUGCUGUACCUCUCAUCGGCAUUCCUCUCUUUGGUGAUCAACAUCUGAACUUGAAGCACUACGAGGGCAAAGGCAUGGCUGUUAUAUUGAACUUCAAUAACAUUAAUGAGCAAACGAUGUCGGCUGCUCUCGACAAAGUACUAAAUGAUCCGAGCUACCGAAAUGCUGCUGAAAAACAAUCCGCGCGCUUCCGCGAUCGACCAAUGAGCGCUAUGGAAACGGCAACUUUUUGGGUCGAAUACAUCAUCAGGAAUGGCCCGGACGCAGUCAAAUCCCCUGCUGCGGAUUUGACUUGGUGGCAAAUUGAACUCUUGGAUGUUUACGGCUUUUUAAUCGCUAGCGCGAUUAUAUUGAUAUACAUCGGUAUAUUUAUGUUUAAAUUGAUCUUCAACAUAAUUUCCGGAAUGCUUUCAACCAAUAACCAUCAAAACAACUUGACGAAUGGAAAGAAGCGCGAUUAGCCGAUUAAUCCACGAGGCUUGGUUUGACUAACACGUUUUAUUUUACAUAUAUAAGUGAAUAUUUUUAUACGAUUUUUUUACAUCUGGAUGAAAAACGACUCAGUUGUUAUCGAUAUCACAUAUCGUCGGUCCAAGCUACGGAAAAAAUCGGCUUAAGGCGAAACAUUGAAUACAUAAAACUUGAAUAUCACGAAUAAAAAUAAAAAGGCGUGUAUUUUGGAAAACUGGUAAGACCGGAUAACGUGAAAUCACUUAAUAUUCGUAAAAAAAUAAAAUCUAUAAUAAAAGUUGAAUAAUUAGAUUAUAUCGUACGAUCCCAAACGAUGUAUUUAAAAUAUACACAUCCAAUGUAGCUCAAUAAAGCCACAAUGAAUUUUCAAGAGAA